AGUCGUACUACGGUCACACUAUAAUCCAAAUCGAACCGCCAUUAUCGGGCAUCUCCAAAACCGUAAAGAAAUCUAAAUCUGACUAGUCUAUGACAUUUAAAGGACACUCGUGCAAUUACUAGACAAUUGUGUGAUACAAAUAGAAUAUACUUGAUACCCCAAACCAUGUCGCAGUUCAACUUUGUAUCUGAUUUGCAAAAUGCUCUGAUCAUGGACGGAGAGACGCGCGGUCCUGCGCCGCGAUGGAAGAAGAAGCUGGAGGCGUCUCUCAACGGGAGUGCUAACACAACGAGAUCGGUUUUAUCCGUGUCGUACAACACCAGUUUCUCCGGAGUACAGGCGCCCACCAAGACCCCUGGCAAAAGCAGCGAAGGAAAGUCUAAGAAGUCAACCAAAACGCCCACAAAGACGCCAGGAGGAGGAGAUCGGUUCAUACCUAACAGAGCUGCUACAAACUUUGAGUUGGCACAUUUUUUGGUCACCAAAGAUGCUGGCGAUAAAUCCGACGAAGAGAAUGACAAGGCCACCACUAGCAACACCAACCAGGGCAAUGUUCAGGCAUCUGCCCACAAGGGCGAACGACAGAAGCUCAUCUCAGAAGUAGCUCAGAUUGGUGAGAAUGCCGGAGGUGGCCGCAUUUUGUGCUACCAGAACAAGGCGCCAGCUGCUCCUGAAUCUCACACCAAUCCUCUGAAGGUUGUGUACUCCAUUAAGACGCCCAUCUCAACGAAGAGUGGCUCCCGUUAUAUUCCAACCACUUCGGAGAGGAUACUCGAUGCUCCAGACUUUAUCAACGAUUACUAUCUCAACCUCAUGGAUUGGAGCGGCGACAACAUCGUGGCCGUUGCCUUGGGCAGUUGUGUCUACCUGUGGAACGCAGGCUCCGGUAACAUCGAGCAACUGACGGAGUUUGAAGAGGGUGACUACGCAGGAUCGCUGUCCUGGAUUCAGGAGGGCCAAAUUCUGGCCAUUGGCAACAGUACCGGAGCUGUAGAGCUUUGGGACUGCUCUAAGGUGAAGAGGUUGCGCGUAAUGGAUGGGCACAGUGCUCGGGUAGGAUCAUUAGCCUGGAACUCUUUCCUGGUUUCCUCCGGCAGUCGCGAUGGGACUAUCAUCCACCAUGAUGUUCGUUCGCGUGAGCACAAGAUCUCCUCCCUGGCCGGGCACACGCAAGAGGUAUGCGGUCUGAAGUGGUCGACUGAUUUCAAAUACUUGGCUAGCGGCGGCAACGAUAACCUCGUCAACGUUUGGACCCUGGCCAGCAGUGGAGUGGGCACUGCUACCGAACCGCUGCAUAAAUUCAACGAACAUCAAGCGGCAGUGCGAGCUCUGGCCUGGUGUCCCUGGCAGCCGAGUACCCUGGCAUCUGGAGGCGGAACCGCCGAUCGAUGCAUUAAAUUCUGGAACGUAAACAAUGGUUCACUGAUGAAAUCGGUCGAUUCCAAGUCACAAGUCUGCUCUCUGCUCUUCUCGCGUCACUACAAGGAACUGAUUUCGGCCCACGGCUUCGCCAACAACCAACUGACCAUCUGGAAGUAUCCGACAAUGGUGAAGCAAGCGGACCUAACUGGACACACGUCGCGUGUCUUGCAAAUGGCUAUGUCGCCCGAUGGCAGCACCGUGAUCAGUGCCGGAGCGGAUGAAACUCUGCGUUUGUGGAACUGUUUCGCCCCCGAUCCACUGGCAUCCAAGAAGGCUGCUGCCUCCGCCAAUAGCAAAGCAAAGAACAGCGUUUUUAGGCAAAGCAUUCGAUAAUUGUUGCACCCUACAUCCUUUUUAUUUAAUAUAUUUUUUUAAAAUGCCUUUCGAGGGAUGGACUACCCUUUUGCAACUCGAUUAUAGUAUAGUAUAUUUUCCGACUAGACAAAUACGUUUUAAAUGUUUUACAAUUCUAUUAAAUUUCGUUUAGUGUUUCCUGUGUUUUGCUUAAUUAAGAAUAAAUAACGAUUUGAUGUAUGUCCCACCGACGAUUUAUGUGAAAGUAAUUGAUUUUUGUCAAAUAGUUUUAUUACUUAGAAUUAGUAUUGUGCGUAUAAAUAAAAUGCUUGACAUUCGGCA